GGCCCCGGCCCCCGAUGAGCCUGGGCCCGGCCCGGCCCGGCCCGGCUGUGCCGCCCCCCCCGCUCUCCCCGUGGCUGGCGAGGACGAUGUGGACGGGCACCGGCCGGUCCCCGAGGAGCCCCCUGGCCAGGUCCCUCUACGUGAACGUGAUGAGCGGCCCCGGCGAGCCGGCCGCCCUGGGCAGCAGGAAGGAGAACCACCAGUGGUAUGUGUGCAACACGGAACAAUUAUGUGAAUCACUUCAGCCUGUCUUUGUCCAGAGUUACCUUGAUCAAGGAACCCAGAUCUUCUUAAACAACAGUAUUGAGAAAUCGGGCUGGUUGUUUAUCCAACUGUAUCACUCCUUUGUGUCAUCUGUUUUUAGCCUGUUUAUGUCUAGGACAUCAAUCAAUGGGUUGCUAGGAAGAGGCUCGAUGUUUGUGUUUUCACCAGAUCAAUUUCAGAGACUCCUCAAAAUAAACCCAGACUGGAAAACCCAUAGACUCCUUGAUUUAGGCGCUGGAGAUGGAGAAGUCACUAAAAUUAUGAGUCCUCAUUUUGAAGAAAUCUAUGCCACUGAGCUAUCUGAAACCAUGAUAUGGCAACUUCAGAAAAAGAAAUACAGAGUGCUUGGCAUAAAUGAAUGGCAAAAUACAGGAUUCCAGUACGAUGUUAUCAGCUGCUUGAAUUUGCUUGAUCGCUGUGAUCAGCCACUGACUUUAUUAAAAGAUAUUAGAAGUGUCCUGGAGCCAACUAGGGGCAGGGUCGUCCUUGCAUUGGUUCUUCCCUUUCAUCCUUAUGUGGAAAAUGUAGGUGGCAAGUGGGAGAAACCCUCGGAACUUUUGGAAAUCAAGGGGCAAAAUUGGGAAGAACAAGUGAACAGCCUGCCUGAAGUUUUUAGAAAAGCUGGUUUUGCUAUUGAAGCUUUUACCAGAUUGCCAUACUUAUGUGAAGGUGAUAUGUAUAAUGACUACUAUGUAUUAGAUGAUGCUGUCUUCGUUCUCAAGCCAGUGUAAACAUAUGUGACGUGAAGAAGUCUCCAGAGUCAAACCAAGAAGCAGCCUCUAAAAGAGGUUUUUGAUUUAAUGAUUUUGAAAAGGGAGGGAAUUUUGGGAUUGACAUUCUGAAUAUCAUGUAAGAAUUUUAAAAGCCAAAAUACUAAUGUAUUUCUUCGUAGUAUGUUAAAAGGACAGUUUUUUUUUUAAACUGACUCUUCAGUUGAGAAUAAUUUUUACCAAGUUUUAACCCGACCACGCAGUCCUCAACCCAACAAUAAUGGAAGAUAUUUUUUAUACUUAACCACAAUAGGGACUCAUAACCAGAUAAAUCAAUAGUCAUGAUUGCACACAAUCAUUGUAUGGAUCGUUCUUAAUCAAGUGAAGACCAGCAAUAAAGCUGUCCAUUCAGUUCCAGACAUUGUUGACUAUGAAGUGUUGCAAUGGAUUUUCUUCCAUGUUAAGAAAUUACUUUCUCUGUCAUCCUUCAGAACAUGUUUUUAAUCAUGCUAAUAAACUUUUUUUGAGAUUAA